AUGGACCAACCGGCGCCACUGCAGCGGAAAAUCCCGCCGCUGCGUGUGCCGUGGCUGCCCCACGAGCAGUUUGCCGCUACAAAAGUGGUGUGUAGCACAGAAGACGGCCUUGUCUCGAGCAGCAAAGGUUCGCUAUUGAAAGUGGUCCAGGAGCUCAAGCGAGGACGUGCCAAUGUGGACAAACAAUUGAGUCAAUUAGACGCGCAGCUCGUGGCUAUUUCGGACUAUCUCGAUGGGAAAAGGAGUACCAUGUUUCCGCCCAAUGUGAUCGUGUAUAUGGAGGAAACACAGGAUACCGCAGUGUCGUCUACUGCAGAAGGAAGAAGAUUGUGUGGAGCUGGGGCGGCUACGGGGACAGAUCAGUUUAGUGGCGUCGUUGUCAAUGGUGAUUCAUCGCCGCCGACACCUGCAGAGGUGGAAGACGACCUUCAGUCGGAGACGCCGUGCACAACGACUGGGCUAUGGAAGUAUAUGUAUGCGUACUCGUUCUUCAAGACGAUCACACCGGAAUGCAUGGAUCAAGCGUUGCUACUCGAAGAUUUGGACGCUUUUUUUGAAAACUUGGAAUCCCGCAGCGCUGAAAAAGAUGCGAUCUCGAUGGAUCGAAAGGUUGAGCGGCUGGAGAGUAAAUUCGAUGAGAAUGAGUGUGCUUCGCACGAUCUUGACGAGUUUUUUAUGGAGAGACUUGUGGCUUCACUAUGUGUAGUAGGUGCACCCGCAUCAACGAACGCGAGCCACGAGGUAUCUGUUUCUGAGCUGGAUGACGAAGACAACCGCUUGUACGAUACCACAGCAACCACAUCGGAUACGGAAAUAAGGCAUUCACGAUGCUUGGCUGACGUACACUCACGAGGCCCUAAGGGUCUUACCCGGGUACUGCGUCAUGUCGGAUUGGCUGAAGGAAAUGAUGCAGAGAUUGCUCAAGAUAGUCUGUGCAACCCGAUGGACGACGAGAUCUCGCAAGAGAUCCGUUCACUGCAGCGUCAACUAGAAACUUGCGUUAGAGAGACAAAUGAAUCCAAGCGGAAGCUGUGGAGAAUCAUGGACGAGACAAAGCCGUGGCUUUCGCAGGGAAAGGAGGAGGAGGAGACUACCAUAAAGGAGUACAUCACGAUGUGGCGAACCAAGAAGGAGCUUGCACGGAAAAAGAAACGCCGAGAGAAGAGGCUUCAGCGGCGACAAGCUUUUCGCCUUCACAACGGGGGCAACAGCAAGCCCCUGGUCAGCAAUAUCUACAUCAAGCAACGAUAG